AUGGCCUUAACGGACUUUUUUUCCUUAACAAAUGAAGAUUUAUGGAAAAUGCUUGCAGCAAUUUCACGCAAAACAUUCAACUCUAGAUCAAGCGCUGAACAGCUCUUAACCUUCAUCCGCGAAAUUCUUCCAACAAUUGAACAAAUCAAAUACUCCGGCGUCGAACUUCCACCGCCGAGACAAUCUCAUCUUGAUCGUCUCUCCGAGAUUCUCCGCUCCGGCGUUGAGCUUUCUCAUCAAGUCCUCGCCACUAGUCGCUGGAACGUUUAUCGUAACUUUCAGCUUGCGAAGAAGAUGGAGAAUCUUGAAGAGACUGUCACACAAAUCUUGCAGGUUCCGAUGCAAGCUUAUAUACUUGCUGAUAUCAACCAUGUAAGAGCCGAGAUGACGGAGCGGUUUGACCGGAUUGAGGAGUCGAACCGGAGGAUGGAGCGGUUUUUUGGAGGGAUGAAGAUUGGCGUUGGUGGUGUUGGGUGGGUUGAGGGAGCUGUGAGGUCUAGUGAGGAAGAUGAGGGUAGUUUGGGGAAUUUGGAUUUGAGUUUUGGUUUGGAGUUUGGGAAGAAUAAGGUUAUGGAAAUGGUUGUUGGAAGGAAAGAUUUUUGUCUUGUUGGAAUUUCUGGGAUUGGUGGAUCUGGGAAAACUACUCUUGCCAGAGAGAUUUGUAGAGAUGAACAAGUGAGAGGCUAUUUCAAAGAAAGGAUUUUGUUUUUGACUGUCUCGCAGUCUCCGAAUGUGGAGCAGCUGAGGGCAAAGAUUUGGGGACACAUAAUGGGAAAUGGAAGUUUCAAUACCAAUUAUGUUGUUCCUCAAUGGAAGCUGCAAUAUGAAUGCAGCGGGAGCCAACCUCAAAUCCUUGUUAUUCUGGAUGAUGUGUGGUCACCUUCUGUGCUGGAGCAGCUUGUGUUUAGAAUGCCUAAUUGCAAGUUCAUUGUGGUUUCCAGGUUCAUAUUCCCCAUUUUUAAUGCAACUUAUAAAGUUGAAUUGUUGGACAAAGAUGAUGCACUGUCUUUGUUCUGUCACCACGCUUUCGGACAGAAAUCAAUUCCUUUCGCAGCUAAUCAGAAUUUAGUCAAACAGGUUGUGGCUGAAUGUGGAAAUCUUCCACUAGCUCUUAAAGUGAUUGGCGCUUCGUUGCGAGAUCAAAAUGAAAUGUUUUGGUUAAGUGUUAAAACAAGGCUUUCUCAAGGGUUAAGUAUAGAUGAAUCCUAUGAACGUAAUCUGAUUGAUAGAAUGGCAAUCAGUACUAAUUACUUACCCGAAAAGAUCAAGGAGUGUUUCUUGGACCUUUGCUCCUUUCCUGAGGAUAAAAAGAUUCCUCUAGAAGUUCUAAUCAAUAUGUGGGUUGAAAUCCAUGAUAUUCAUGAAACAGAAGCAUAUGCAAUUGUGGUUGAGCUUUCAAACAAGAAUCUCCUCACCUUAGUGGAAGAGGCACGUGCUGGUGGUAUGUAUAGCAGUUGCUUUGAGAUCUCUGUUACUCAACAUGAUAUAUUAAGAGAUCUUGCCCUUAAUUUGAGCAACCGUGGAAACAUUAAUCAACGCCGAAGAUUAGUUAUGCCGAAACGAGAAGAUAAUGGACAGCUUCCUAAAGAAUGGCUGAGAUAUGCUGACCAACCGUUCGAAGCUCAAAUUGUUUCAAUUCACACUGGUGAAAUGAGAAAAAGUGACUGGUGUAAUUUGGAAUUUCCUAAGGCUGAAGUACUGAUUAUUAAUUUCACAUCCAGUGAAUACUUCUUACCUCCCUUCAUAAAUAGAAUGCCAAAAUUGAGAGCAUUAAUGGUAAUAAACCACAGCACUUCAUAUGCUUGUCUUCACAAUAUAUCGGUUUUCAAGAAUUUAACCAACUUGAGGAGCCUUUGGUUUGAAAAAGUUUCCAUCCCACACUUAUCAGGCAUAGUCAUGGAAAGCUUGAGGAAAUUGUUUAUAGUCCUUUGUAAGAUCAACAACAGUCUUGAAGGAAAAGAUUCAAACAUCGCCGAUAUCUUCCCUAACAUCUCAGAGCUCACGCUUGAUCACUGUGAGGAUGUAACCGAGUUACCUUCAAGCAUUUGCAGGAUACAGUCACUACAAAACUUGAGUCUUACUAACUGUCAUAGUUUAACACGAUUACCUAUUGAAUUAGGCUCACUAAGAUAUCUAGAGAUUCUACGGUUAUAUGCUUGUCCAAAUUUGAGAACACUUCCUCCUAGCAUCUGUGGAAUGACUAGAUUGAAGUAUAUCGACAUUUCUCAAUGUGUUUACCUUGCAAGCUUCCCUGAUGCAAUUGGUAAGUUGGUAAAUUUAGAGAAAAUCGACAUGAGGGAAUGUCCGAUGAUUACAAAUAUACCGAAGUCUGCAUUGUCAUUGAAUUCUUUGCAGCUUGUAAUUUGUGAUGAUGAAGUGUCUUGGAUGUGGAAGGAAGUCCAGAAGGUCAAGCUUAAUGUUGAUAUUCAAGUAGUAGAGAUUGAAUAUGAUCUAGAUUGGCUUAGAGAAUAACUGAUAAUGAUUAUGAUGUUUUUUGUGUUCGUAUUCAGAAUUCUUUGUAAAUCCUUGUUCAUAUUGUAACCUUUAUUUCAAAUGGAAAUUGUAUCAGGCCAUAAUCUUUUUGGUAGUCUAAACUCUGAAGUAACCACAGCUUCUGUUAUUA